UACAAUAUUAGGCAGGCUCGGCCCCGGGGUGUCAGAACUGAUGUCUCCCCAUCUGAUUGCAGCAGACGCGCCGGCUUUAUGAAUGGACGGAGGAGGUUUAUUCUGGGCACGGUCCUCUCCAUCCAGAACAGCAGCUUCAUCUACCCAGCCUGUCAGAACUGCUGCUCCCGGCUGAUCCUCACAUCCUGCAGGUAUGAGUGCUAUAGAUGCGGCACCAGCUAUAAAGACGCCACGCAUCGAUAUAAACUGUGUGUGAAGGUCUCGGAGGAGAACAAACUUCAUGUCAUCACCAUCUUUGGAAAAUGUUUGGAGAAAAUAUUCGGAGCGAGCGCUGAUUCCUGCCAUUUGCAGAUUUCUUCCCAACUUUCCAAGGAUCUGGAACCUGACAAAGCUCAGGAGCUGUUAUUCCAGGCGGCAGAACGCUGUCUUAUUGGCAGAAACUUCAUAUUUGCUGUGAAGAUUUCUGAGAAUUUCGGCAGAAGCAGCUCUCUUUCUCACUCGAAUUUGCAUCAGAACAUGGUUGCAUGUCAGAUUAUUCUUCUCAAUGAAGACUCAAUGAGCUGCACCAUCCUAAGCUAUUUCAAUCUACUGGUGGCGUCUGUAUCAAGCAGCAAUUCCGUACACACUACAACUGAUGUCUCCACAGACUCCACAAACCGAGACCUGAGUGACCUGGGGUUUUCCGAGAGCCUUCAUCAAAGCUGGAAUCCUUAUGACGAGUACUGGCAGCAGUCUCUUGGCUUGGUGUCCUCACCCCUAAGCAGCACGUUAUCUGAAUGUAGCCGUACAGAACAAUUUCCGCAUCGGGAAUCUCUGACGUCUACAAACACUACAGUAUGCAUACAGAAAAAGCAAAGUAACACAGAUAUAGCCACCACCUCCUCCAGCACUAUGAGCAUCACUACUCCAAGAACUAAAGAUUCCUUCUCGAAAUUUAUACACUCUUAUACCCGCAGUCCUCCAAGCUCCUCACACUUCCAUAGUUUCUCUUCCAAAUCAAAAACAGUUCUUGGACAAGAAUCGUGUUUGCAGAACGUUUGCAAGUCAGGAAGUCGUCCGAGCCAAAGCUGUUCAGCUUGCGCUAUACAACACCCUCUCCAAACAGGAGAAAUCCAUCAAGGCAAGGAAGAAAUUUGGGAAGAUUUCCCAUUCUCUGAAAGCCUGAGCGACUUUAUAGCAAUCGAAGACAACGAGGGCGUGAGGUCUCCCUUCACAGCUAAACAAACCAAGACUAUUAUAAGUACAGAAGAAAAACUAUUAAAUGAGAGGGAAUGCAGAAGAUCGUUCUACCCAAUGACCGUUCCAGAUGAGAAGCAAAUCCAGAAUUGUACAGUCAUGAAGGAAGCGUCACACUUCAGCUUUGACAAAUUCACAGGCAAUGAAUCCAAUUCGAGUAUCUUCAUCCAUUCCUGUAAAGUUAUCAGGAGGGAUGAUACUAGUUUAGUUGAUCAGACGUUCCCUUCUGCGGGUCUAUUUGAUGUUCUUUCGAGAGACUCAGCCAGAGUGCAGGAUCACCAAAAUCCAAAUUGCUCAAAGAUGCUUUCAAAUAGAACAUACAUCGAUGAUAGCUGGGACCUGUGCAGUUUUAUAGAGGAUCUAGAAAAUUCAGCAAUGUCAUUGGAAAAGGGAAUUUCCAGCCGUAGGGACAAUGUGGUUUUAGGUGAUGAACCUAAACGUUCAGAUGUGGACAUGGAGAAGGUAACUAGUGAGGUAAAGUCCACCAUGGCUGGUGACCACUACAAUGCUUCUGCUGAUCUCUUCGAAGCUAGUAAUAAUCCAGGUGAUAAUGGGACCUCACUUUUGCAAAACAUUGGUCAGAACAAUGGUCAAGGAAGACUCUUGUUUUCUAUAACUAGUUCUCCCUGUACAGAUCUCCUUCCAUAUCGGCCUAGAGAUUCCUGUAUAAGCGUCAGCUCUGUGUCGGAUAUUUAUGAAACGUGGAAUAAUUUGCCCACAGACGACUUUGCCCCUUAUCUGCAGUCUACCCCAUUACUAAGACGACUUUCAGGAACCAGCAGACUUACUGUUGAUGCUCAGUGCCUUAGAAUGACAUCCAAUUCCAGGUCUUCCAUAGUCUCCAUAAGGACAAAAUCGAGUAGCACCAUUAAACAUAUCUUCCUCAAGAACACAAGGCAAAGAAAAUCUGCGAUGUUUCAUGGACUUUCUGAGAACGGUUCCCUCUGGUCCCCAAACCUGUCCCCAUUUUUAAGUUCUGAGAGGUCAACAGUGAUGAUCGCGAAGAAUAGGAGGACAAUGUUGUCACACAAACCUUGGAAGAAAGAGGCCAUUUUGGAAAAUGAGAAGGAUUAUGAGACCCUAAGACAAGGGCCUACAGUAAAGGGAACAGACUGUGGGACCAUCUUGGGGAAAGACACGAUUAAACAUGGUGGCGAUGUAUCAGAUAAUGUAGAGAAUCUGUCUCCUGUAAACGGUUCUUUGCAGGAAGGCGAAGAUCGACUUUGUUCUUUACAAGAACAACUUCUUCCAAGUGAUUGGUCCCCAGAACUGUUCCCAGGAAAGUCAAAUAGGUCUCAGCCACAUGAAUGUCUCCAGAGGCGGUUAUUUUAACUAAAAAGUAUGCAUUGUGAUAUUUAUUGAAGGGUUGACCUGGCCUCUGUAAGGGGCAAAUGUGAAAUCCAGCAUCUUGGUAAAUGUAUUGUCAACCUAAAAAAAUCUUCCUCCUGGAAACUGUCAAU